GCCACGAUGAGAGAUAAUCCAACAGUGAUUUAAUAGUUUUAAGGUAUCAGUGGCUGUUAUGGAAAAAUGCAUCAUAUGCCUUAAAGAUGACGAUACAUCAUCAUUAGUCAAGUUACGUGAAAAAGGAAGCCAAGGAAUAAAUAAAGCGAGUAGAGAAAGAGAGGGUCAGAUACUAGCUUCUGCAGGACAGUUUGUCCACCAGGAAUGUAGAAAAUCAUAUACAAACCCAACAGAAAUCACAAAAACCAAAAGGCAGCAAAAUAUACUACAGGAAUCUAAUAUACCGACUCUACGAUCAAAAUCAAAUUUCAGUCAUAAAGAUCAUUGCUUAUUCUGUGGGAAAGAGGCACAGCUAAAAAGCAAAUUAAAGGGAAACGAUGUUUUUCCUGUCCGAACGGAUGAUUUCCAAAAGAGGAUUGAACAAGUAUGCAAUGACAGAGACGAUGAGUGGGCAGUUGAAGUACGGGGAAGAUUAGAAUGUGUUGGCGAUCUUCAUGCUGCAGAUGCAUUAUACCAUCAAACCUGCAGUGUUAACUUCAGAACCAGUAAGAAGAUUCCAAAAGCAUUUUCACCAGACAGCAAAGGAAAGGAAAAUAACUACCAGGGAAGACCAGCAGCUUAUGGUGAACAAUUCCUAAAAAUUGUAGAUUAUCUCAAACAGCACGAGGAUGAACAGAUAACUAUUGCAGAGCUGGUUAAUAAAAUGAACGAGUUAUGUGGAGAACAGGCAUACAGCUCAGUUUAUAUGAAGAAAAAACUGAGAAACCAUUUUGGAGAAAAUAUUAUCAUAACAGAUAUUUGUGGGAAAAUAAGCGUUGUUACGUUGAGAGAUACAGCAUCCUGUGUUUUGCAAGAGUUUUACCACAGACCAACAUAUCAAAAUCCAGACGAUGAAAAAAAAGCCAUAAUAGAUGCUGCUGCAAAACUAAUCAAAAGUGACAUCAGAUCUUUGAAAGGGGACAAGGAAAAUUAUCCAUUGGCAUCAGAUGUAUCAUCACUAAAAUCAAAUUUGCAAUAUGUACCCGAGAGCUUAAGCUAUCUACUAGAAACAAUGUUUGCUGAAAAGGACUCCAAAAUGAAAAUUGCUUCUAUUGGACAGGCAAUAGUUCAGGCAUCAAGACCCCGUGUGCUUAUUGCUCCUUUGCAAAUUGGUCUUGGCAUUCAACUUCAUCACAACUUUGCAUCCCGUUUUCUGGUUUCUACUUUAAACAGUUUAGGAUUUUGCUCAUCUUAUCAAGAAAUUCAAAAAUUUGAAUCAAGUGCCGCUUUAACACAAGGAGUUGACAUCCCUGGCGAAAUAUGUAAUAGUUUUAUUCAAUUUGUAGCUGACAACGUAGACCAUAAUGUGAGAACACUCGAUGGCAAUAACACAUUUCAUGGAAUGGGAAUCAUAGCCGGCAUUACACCAGGCACUAAGCGAACAGCCCCUAUACCUAGAAUAUCUGUUUCAUCUGAUGAUAUUAACUCAAUAGCAAAGGUUAAUAUUCAGUAUUACAAACCUCAAAACGACUUUAUGACAAAGCUAAAUUUUUCAGAGCUUCGGGAAUUAAGGGGAAUGGACAAGACUGCAUGUCUGGAUUUACUGUCACUGGUGGUAUGGCCCUUAAAGAAUCCAACACCAGGUUGGUCAGGUAUAAUGCAGAUGAUACAUAAGGGAGAAUACCCAGGCAAGUCAACAGUUGUAUUUCUACCUAUGAUAGAUAUGAAUUCAAGCGAUAUGUCGUGCAUAUACUCAACUCUACUCUUUGUUUCAAAUCAAGCACAUCGUUACAACAGAACACCAGUAUUGACAUUCGAUCAGCCCUUGUAUUGGAAAGCCUUGACAAUAAUUCAAAAUGAACAUCCAAAUAGUCAGUUGAAGUCUGUAGUAUUGCGUUUAGGAGCAUUUCAUACAGAAAUGAGUUUCUUAGGUUGCAUUGGUCACAUAAUGAGGAGUUCCGGGCUUCAGGAAAUUCUGGAACUUAUAUAUGCACCAAAUGCAGUUACACACAUGCUAAGUGGUAAAGCUGUAGCUCGUGCCAUUAGAGGACAUAUGCUAGUUGACACUGCCAUACACAGCCUUCUUGUAUCUAAAAUUUUCAACUUUGAUUUCCCAGCAGACGAAAAUGAAGAAGGAAACAUAAAUGUUAGUGUUGACGACAUCUUAUCUAAGGCAGCCGACGUAUAUACAGAAUUGUUGGAAGGAACACUGUCCAUAUCUUCUGCGUGUGAUAGUGCUGUACUUCAGAGCAUCAAAGAAACAAUUCACAGACCACUUGAAGAAAUGAAGAAAAAUCGAACCUCUAAAUUAUGGCUUCAGUAUACAGAAAUGAUGCAGAUCCUUAGACAGUUUAUCAAAGCAGAACGGACUGGCGAUUGGGAAUUGCAUUUAAAAAGUGUUAAAGAUAUGCUGCCUUAUUUGGCUGCCUCUGGCCACAACUUGUAUACUAAAUCUGCGUAUGUGUAUCUAAUGAUGAUGCAACAACUUGAAAUAGAUCAUCCGGAAGUUUUUGCUGCUUUCAAAGAUGGCCAUCAUGUUAUGAGACGUAGCGACAGAUAUUGGGCAGGAUUGUCAUCAGAUCUAAUGAUUGAGCAAGUGCUCAUGAGGAGUGUUAAAACAGCAGGAGGACUGACACGUGGCCGUGGAAUGGGUGAAAGUCAGAGAUCACAGUGGCUUUUGUCCAUGCCCGCUUGUGCAGACAUGAAUCAAGCUAUUCAAGAGCUCACAGGAGUAGGUUACUACACAAGUGAUCAGCACAAGGAAGAAUCAAUUGCACGUCAAAAACGAGACAGAGAAGACAUUAUGUCAAUUCUAACAUUUAUGAAAGAACGCAGUCCAUUCACUGGAGACAGUCCACUGCGAAAUAUUGAAACUGGAGUAACAGCUGAUAGCACUGUUAAUGUAGACAACUCAAAAGAUGUGGGGACAGCGAUAAUAGAAUCUCUCGUUGGGCAAAAUGUCAUUGACUAUACUUUCAAGAAAAAAAAUCAAGUAAUAACUUUAAAUAGCAAAACUAGUAUCAAAGUAGACGGGGAAUUAAUACAAGUCGACCCACAGCUUCUGUUUCAAAGAUGCACCACCAUAGCUAAUGGACUAUUUGAAGACAUAUCAGAAAUAUUCAAAUAUGAACUAUGUAGUGUUCCAUCUUCGUUAUUUGACAAUAAUGGCUUACCAAGACAGGCAAAUAAAUCGAUUCUAGCAGACUCAAUUUGGGACUUUGAUGGAUGCGGAUGUUUGGAAACUGGCAUAAAUGUUCACCAUGUAUUAGAUGGUGGGUCUCUCAUACAUCGCAUACCUUGGACAAAGGGAAACUCAUUCAAUAGUAUUUGUCAAGCAUAUAUUGAUUACGUUAAAAGCCACUACUCUGAAGCAACUAUUGUAUUUGAUGGUUAUCCAGAUGUUCCUACUGUCAAAGAUAUUACUCACAUACGACGAUCAAAAGGAUGUAUUUCUCCCAAAAUAAAUUUCUCGGCUGAAAUGCCCUGUAAAACAAAAAAGGAUGCAUUCUUGUCAAAUGAAGAGAACAAACAACGAUUUAUCAACCUGCUAAGUGCAAAAUUUGAGGCAAGUAAUUAUGCAGUAGUCCAUGCCUUUGACGAUGCCGACUUGAAUAUCGUUCAGACAGCAGUCUCAAUUUCGGAAGAACAACAUGUUGUAGUUAUAGGUGAAGACACAGAUUUGCUUGUUUUACUUUGCUAUCAUGCCAUGAUGCACAACAAAAACAUUUAUUUCAAGUCAGAACCGAAGCAAAGUAUUCAAAAGAUCCGAAUAUGGGAUAUCAAAAAGACAAAGAAACAUUUGGGUGAACCUAUAUGUCGGUUGUUGCCGUUUAUACAUGCAUUUAGUGGGUGCGACACGACAUCACGAGUGUUUGGGUUAGGAAAAGGAGCACUAUUGAAAAAAGUUAAAUCAUCUGCAUACUUACAAGAUCAAUCACAGCUUUUCCUUCAGAAAUCAAGUAAAGAUCAGGUUGUCAAAGCUGGAGAAGAGGUUUUAGUUGAUUUGUACGGCGGUGUUCAGUCAGUAGAAGGCUUAGAUUUACUUCGAUACAGGAAAUUUGCGUCAAAGGUCGUUGUAGGGAACGUUUUUGUUCAAGUUCACACUCUGCCGCCAACAUCGGAUGCAGCUAAACUACAUAGCAUGAGAACUUUCUAUCAGACACAAAUUUGGAUUGGAGAAGGACAUGAUUUAGAUCCUAACCAAUGGGGUUGGUAUACAUCAGAGAAUAAACUUAUGCCUGUUAGAUGUUUAUUACCACCGGCACCCCAAAAACUGCUGAAAGUAAUACGAUGUAACUGCAAACAGAACUGUGAUUCAAGAAGAUGUUCGUGUCGAAAACAUGGAAUCGACUGUUCUGCUAGUUGCGGCGAGUGUCGUGGCAUUAACUGUUCAAAUUCCAGCAUAGUAACACAAAGUGAUUUGGAUGAUGUUUAG